UUUUUUGUUUUGUUUUGUUUUGUUUUUUGUAUACUGUAAUGCACUUUCACGACAAAAAGUCCCAUACCAGUUUUAACACUUGACACCGUUGUGAUUACUUAUAUAUUUUUUCAUAUUUAACUCUUUUUUUUCCUCUCUCUUUCUUGAUCUUGAGCAGCACCCUGACCCAGUUUCUUGGGCCAAUGACGGCCAGCCCAAAAAGUCUCCCGAGCCAAUGAGGAGGCAGGUGCCUCCCCCGCCCUGGCAUACUAUUAGGGCCCCCCAAUAAGAGCCCCUAAAGGAGGGGGGCCGCGCUUCUUGUGAGACCUUCAUCCUGCUCGGCGCACACGAAAACUUCAAGAUGGUCGACGCCUUCUGCGCCACUUGGAAGCUGGUGGACAGCGAGAACUUCGACGACUACAUGAAAGCUCUCGGCGUGGCCUUCGCCACCCGGCAGGUGGGCAACGUGACCAAGCCCACCGUCAUCAUCAGCCAGGAGGGCGACAAGGUCACCAUCCGCACGCAGAGCACCUUCAAGAACACCGAGAUCUGCUUCAAGCUGGGCGAGGAGUUCGACGAGACCACCGCCGACGACAGGAACUGCAAAUCCACAGUGAGCCUGGACGGAGACAAGCUGGUCCACGUGCAGAAGUGGGACGGCAAGGAGACCAAGUUCGUCAGGGAGAUCAAAGACGGCAAGCUGGUCAUGAACUUGACCUUCGAGGACAUCCACGCCGUGCGCACCUACGAGAAGGCGUAGAGGCCUGUGUCUGCACUUCUUCUUCUUCUUCUUCUUCUUCUUCAUCAGGCUGCACAUUUUUUUUCUUUUUUUUUAUAUGAAAACGUGACAUAUUGGACCAAUUGUCUUUGCAGAUGUGUGAAAUAAA